AUGGCCUCCAAUGCUUGGCCCGGGGCCGACGGCUCCUCGCAGCAGUCAACGCAGCAGUCAACGCAGCAGUCAACGCAGGUGUCGCCUACACAGAGAGUUCUCGACGGGCAAAUGAUCAAGCACCUCCUCAACAGAUAUGGCACAGAAGAAUUGAAUCGAUUGAUACAAGAAUCUUCAAGCACUCCUUCGGAUGGCGCGUCAAUCAUGUCGUCGACACAGUCAUCCAUCUUAUCAGACGAGUCGAGCGUAUGGGACACACAAAGCAUAAGAACGUUUUCCGACACAUCUUCCAUCACUGGUAGCAUCAUUUCCAAUGUUUCCCGGGGCACUUCCAAAAUUUUGGGCCGCCGCAGCCAAAGCAGCAGCGCUACAGCAGCCGCCCAGGCCCAAGCCGCACAGCAGGCGGCACUGGUACAACAAGAACAACAAUCUUGGAAUGGUCAUGAAUCCACAACGCCCGAGACAACAUCGAGUUCGUCAGGCGCAUCCAAGCAAAAAGGGGCUUUCAUGUGCGGGUUUUGUAAGGAGGAGGAUAUCACCAAGACUUGCACGAGGAAAAACGACCUGAAGCGACACAUUGAAGACUUUCACAACGUCAACGCGCAAUGGUUCUGUCGUCACCGCGGGUGCCAGAUGGUGUUCGACUGGCAAGGUGCCUACAAGACACAUUUGAAACAAGCCCAUGGCGGUUCGAGGAUGUCUCUAGACGAAGCCAAGGUCAACCUCUGCCCACAAGUUGUAUUCGCCUGUGGGUUCGAUAAUUGCCUUCAGGUGUUUGAAGCACAGGGAGAUUCGGACGCCAACUCGACGUUCAAGGAAUACGUCAGCCACGUGGUGAAGCACUUUGACGAGGGCGCCAACAGCGGUGAGUGGUCAUACUCGGCGAGGAUACGCAACCUACUGCGCCAGAGCCAGGUGCAAUCGGCUUGGAGUGAGUCAGUAUGGAACGAGGCAUCGCGGUCGUCACUACAGUGGACUCCCCAGACGUCCGGGAUUUUGAGGAAGAGGCUCGAAUGCCGACACAUUGGCGAUCUUAAACUCUUGGUCCAGUACGCCUUCAUACUCGGGACCGACCCCGGCAGUAUCGGCAAAUUCCGCGAGGAUUUCAUCACCCCGGUGGUAGACACCUGUACCAUGCAUCUGCCUGGCCAUAAAUCUAGACAGCAGAGCAUAGCUCCUCAGGAGCCGUCUGAUCCAUUCUCAUUUAAGAUCUCGCGCGGAGCAAACCCGGCACUGGCUGCAUACAUGGCCUCACAACGAAGAGUCUACGUGCCGAGACAGCAUCGCGCAGUACGGCCACCGCAGCUACAUCACCCACACCAUCAAGCACCAACAUCGAACGGCAUGGUCAGCCAGCCACGUCUUUCGCAUUCAUCCCACUCGAGCCAUCAUAGCCACACGCAGUCUCAUCAAGAUAACGGGCAGAACCACAGCACGCUCGGGCACUUCUUCCAGACCAUGCCCGAGUCGCCAAUGUACGAUGCUAACGGUGGUGGGCAACAGUUUGGCGACAACGGCGCAAUGCAUCACGGUGGAAUUAUUUCGGAUGACAUGCAGAGCUUGAGGAGUAUGACCGGAGGUACACCCGAGUCGUCGGACGUUGAAAUGCAGGACCCAAGUCUGAUGACAGACUUUUCUUCUCAGUACGCUCCACACGCAAACUUGGCUAGCCCGUCAAUAUCGGGCCAUCCUGAUGGGUUCUUUCAACCGGGCCAAGCCUACUGA